GCGACUGGAAACACUGGCAGGGGUGUAAUCGAAACAUUGCCUCAGUUACUCAAAGAGAAUAAUAAAGACCAUCGCAUUAUUGCUUUGACUCGCUCCUUAGAAACUCCUGAAUCACAGGCAAUUGACAAACUACCUACAGUUGAAGUUAUUGAGAAGAAUUGGACCACAAUUGAUGUAGAUUGGUUGAAAUCUCAUGACGUUAUCAAGAUAUUCAUCGCGCCUCAUAUUAAAUUACAACAAUUCACAGAAGAAUCGCAGCUCUAUUUAGCUUCCUUGGAGGCUGGUGUGAAAUAUAUUGUAAGAGUAUCAACGUUCAAGCACUUCACCAGUCCGACCAGUCCUUUGUUCUACGGUCGUCAACAUUGGGCAGUUGAGAAUUUACUUAGCCAGCCAGAAUUCGAUAAGUUAAAUUGGACAUCGUUGCAACCGAAUCUCUAUGGUAGCACGUUCCUGAACUCGACAGCUAGUUGGAUUAAGACAUAUCGGAAGACGGGAAAAACUGAUAAACUCAAUAUAAUACUCGAUGGUGAUACACCAGCUGCUAUUAUUUCUCCUGCAGAUGUUGGUGUCGUAGGUGCACAUUUACUCAGUGCAGAUGAUUACAAACAACACAAUCGCGCUAGAUAUAUACUCGCAGGGCCUGAAGAUGUUACUGGAAAGGAUCUUGUGAAACUUGCUGAAGAGUUUACCAAUGCCAAAAUAGAUAAUAUAGAAUAUCGGUUCACUGACUGGAUCAAAAAUCUCACUGCAAUUGGUCUUCCAGAAAAUGUCAUACCAAAUGUAGAAUCUGGUAUUUCUAUCGUAUGGCAAGGACAGGCUUCUCUUUCCCAAGCAGGAAAUAGCAAAGAGAUACAGUUUGCGCUGCCAAAGCGUACAGUUCAUGAUCAAAUAAAAGCUAUGAUAGAAGGUUAAACUAUGUACGAUAAUACAUGGAUUCGAUUUACUCUAAAUGAAUUUCAAAUUUGCAUAUACUUAUAUAAUUUCAUCAAGUGCUCACUCUUAAUCACAACGAUUAUGUCAUCAACAAUCUUGAUUGUAGGAGCCACUGGAAACACUGGUAAAGGUCUUGCACGCACUCUUCCAGAACUUUUAAAAAAUGAGGGCGGAAACUAUCGCGUUGUCGCAUUAACACGCUCGUUAUCUAGUCCUGGUGCUAUGAAAAUCUCACAAAUCGGUGGAAUAGAGGUCGUAGAAAAGGAUUGGACGACAAUCGAUGCAGAAUGGCUCAAAGAGAAUCACGUAGAGAAAGCCUACGUAGCUGCACAAAAUAUGGUACAGCAAUUCACAGAGGAAUCAAAACUCUAUCUGGCGAUGCUUGAAGCAGGCGUGAAAUAUUUAGUCAGAGUAUCUACAUUCGUACAUUUCAUCAACCCAGCUAGUCCAGUUUACUAUGGACGUAUCCACUGGGCCCUCGAAACUAUGCUCAGUCAACCUGAAUUCGACAGUCUCAAUUGGACUUCCCUUCAACCAAAUUACUUUGGAGGUUUCAUCAGCGUAGAUGCCAUAAAUUGGAUUAAAAAGCACCGUGAAACUGGUGAUGCUGGCGUUCUCAAUGUCGUAUUUGAUAAGGACGCGCCUGUUGCUGCAAUCGAUGCAGAAGAAGUUGGUAUCGUAGCUGCCCAUUUGUUAGCUGCAGAUGAUUACAAGAAAUAUAACAAAGGAAAGUACAUCCUCAACGGACCUGAAGACACCAAUGGUCAAAAACUAGUCGAAGCAGUCGAGAGACUUGCGGGUACUCGAGUUAAAGAAGUACAGUAUAAUUACAAAGAUUUCAUUGAUCGAUUGCCAGCGUUUGGAAUACCUGAGAACAUACUAGCAUCGAUGUUCGCAGGUAUCAAACUAAUGUGGAGCGGCAAAGGAUCAACUUCUGAGUCAACUACAAGUAAGGAGAUUGCUGAGCUGUAUCGUCCGAAAAACACAAUCUAUGAUAAUCUCAAAAAUGUCUUGGCGGAUUAGACAACGUGAUGUUUGUUGUAUAUUUAUAGAUAAAUAUUUGAUCAC